AAAAGYGUGAAGAAAUUACAGCGACGUAAUGACAAGGACAACGAACGUUCUGCAGAACCACGAAGGGCCCAAAACAGAGACGAAGACAAAAAGAUGGCAAGACCAUUGAUGUCGGUGUCCACAGAUGCAGUGGCUGCCAAAAUGCCUUCCAAUGAUCGAAGUGCUCCGAUGAGCAAUAACAACGAUAAGUUAGAGGCAUCUAWGGCUGGUGACGCGCACAGUUUUGGAAAACAUCAUACCRCAGGAAUGAAGGACAUGCUACCAAAGAUUCCUCCAUACGACCCAGAUAUUCACGCUGCGAGAGCCAUUCGCGUAGAGUGUCCAAAAGAACAAUCUCGAUUCCACUUCAUCAGUACAACUGCGUCAUAUGUUGCAAAAGAUCCAGAGCUCGAACAACGCUUGAGGGAWAGGGAAAAAGAAAAUACUCUCUUUYGUUUUCUGGCAGAUUUUGACGGUGGUGAUAAUAACGAUGAAGGUCAGAAAGAAAAAAUAUUUUAUAGGUGGCGGGUCUAUUCGUAUUGUCACGGAGACACUUACUCUAUUUGGAGAACCGAACCGGUAAGACAGAUUUCAAGACGAUCGUUGCUAGUUUCAAAUUUCAUUUCGUCUCCUAGUGAUUUUACCGGUGUCUUGACGUUCUAUUUGUGUUUCUAUUUUAUGUUGUAUGCUUAUUUAUGUUAUUAUUCAGUUUCUCAUGUUCUAUGGGGGGAGAUAUUGGAUCCCACCGCCAUUAGACAAGGAUGCAGUCAAAAGAGAAAAGGCGAACGCAGCCGAGAAAGAAUAUCGCCAGCGGCAACAAAAAGAGAAGCGUGCGAACCGAGAAUUGAUGACCGGCAGACAAUUCGAACGCCGGAAGCGCCGAGGGGAGUUUGGGGCAAACCACUCCAAAUUGAACCCGGAAGAACUCGGCCGAUUCGAUCGGCUAGUGCGGAAGCAGCUCUCGAUUUCCAGGAAAACCAUUUGCGAGGCAAUGUCGUUCUGUUUUGACAAUUGCAUGGCAGCACGGGAGGUUUCUGGUUUGCUCAAAGAAGCACUGCUGGACGAGUCCGAUCACGUCACCAACGAUACRCGGAUUGCCAGGCUGUACCUCCUGUCGGACAUUCUGUUCAAUUCGCAGCAGCCCGGGGUUCGAAAUGCCUUUAUGUACAGAACCACGAUCGAAGCCAUGGCCAUCGACGUUUUCAAGUCACUGGGCAUCAUUGUGAGGACCAAAGAGCGCAGUUCUGGCAGAAUUUCCGUCAACAAGCUGCGAAAGGCAGUUUCGGCCGUCCUCGGUGCUUGGACGGAAUGGGGAGUUUACAAUGCUGCCUUUGUCGACGAUCUUGCAKCGUACUUCGAGGGUAGAGAAGUAAAACGGGAGGCCGAGGACGCCAAAAAGGAUCUGGAACAAGACGGUGCGAAGCUCGAAGAACAGAAWGUCGACGAGGAUCYAGAGGACGCUGUYAUUCACGCACCGAGUGGCGAUUGGAAGACGGUUUCCGACSAAAUCGAAUCUGUAAAAGACAAGAAGAGGAAAAGAUCAAAGCUGGCUAUAACUCUUGCAGCGACUACUCUAUCCGCRCAGACAGAUGCAGCUCGUACAGCAGAAAAUSAGGGCAGUGAAGGAACAUCCAACGGUAAUAAAUCCCCCGACAUUAUUGGCGGUGAAGAGCGCGAUGGCGAAGAGCUCGAUGGCGCGGAACUCGAUGGAGUCGACCUCGAUGGUGAAGAACUCGAUGGUGAAGAYCUCGACGGCGAGGAGCUCGAUGGGGAAGACCUCGAUGGAGAUAUACUCGAUGGAGACGACCUCGACGGCGAAGAAUUCGACGGAGAUGGCAUAUCUUAACAUUAAAAGAAAAACAUUCCG